AUGACGUUCACCGUCCUCUCCGACGCCGACAUCGGGCAGCUGCUCUCGGGCCUCUCCCGCGCCGACGCCCUGACCCUGCUCGGCGUGCUCGGCGGCGCCCUAACCAGCUACUCGCUACACGACGAGCAGCAGUACCAGCCGCACCGGGCCGCCGUGUCGCGCGGCGGCGAGGGCGCCGAGGCCCAGGUCAGCCUGUUCAUGCCCGCCACCACCCCAGACCUCAUCGGCACCAAGAUCGUCGGCGUGGCGCCCUCGGCCCCCAAGAAGGACCAGAAGCAAUCCACGGACGACGGCGAGUCCAAGUCCAAGUCCAAGCCGCCACCACCGGGGCUCAAGAGCGUCCUGACGCUGUGCGACGCCACGGGCCAGGCGGUCGGCGUGCUCAACGCGGCGGAGCUGACGGCCUUCCGCACGUCCCUGGGCUCGAUGCUGCUGUACCGCUACCGAGAGCGGACGGACAGCGUCGUCGUCUUCGGCGCCGGCAAGCAGGCCGCGUGGCACAUCCGGCUGGCGCUGCUGCUGCGGGGCCCGGACAUCAAGCGCAUCACCGUCGUCAACCGGUCGCGGGCGCGGACCAGGGCGCUCGUCGACGGCAUCCUGGCCGACGCGGGCGGCGGCGGCGGCGGCUUGGCCAGGUGGGGCUCGAGCGCGGAGCUCGACGUCUUUGACGACGCGCGGGGCGACCGGGACGCCGCGAUCGAGGCGCUGGUGCGGGAGGCGGACGCUAUCUUCUGCACCACGCCGGCCACUUCGCCGCUGUUCCCGGCGUCCUACCUCACCUCCGAGCAGGGCCGGGCCAAGAGCCGGUACAUCAGCAUGAUUGGGUCGUACCGCCUGGACAUGCAGGAGAUCGACCCCGAGUUCUUCAAGGUGUUGGUCGACCCCAAGGGAGUGCUGGCUGGGCAGGGCCACGAUGGCGGGUUCGUCGUUGUCGACAGCCGGUCCGGGUGUCUGCAAGAAGCUGGCGAGCUGGUCAAGGCGGACAUCAGCCCUGAGAAGAUGGUCGAGGUCGGCAAGCUGCUGCAUGACAAGGAGAGCAAGGGCGAUGCGGGUUUGAGCAGCUGGCUGCAGAAAGGCUUGGUGGUGUACAAGAGUGUGGGCACCGGUGUCAUGGACCUGUCGAUCGGCAAGGCACUGAUGGAUUUGGCCCGAGAGAAGAAUGUCGGGACACUGUUGGAGAACUUUUAG